AUGGCCUCCCAACUUCUGCCUCUCGAGCUGAUUGACAAGUGUGUCGGCUCCCGUAUCUGGGUUGUCAUGAAGGGUGACAAGGAAUUUUCCGGCACGCUUCUCGGCUUCGAUGACUACGUCAACAUGGUCUUAGAGGAUGUCACUGAGUUGUACUCAGACCAAGCUCCCGAAGCUACUGCUGAACGGAAACAACAUUUGCAUGUUGAUCCCGGGUGGAGAGGGCCCUACUUCUAG